UGUGCGGUGCCAGUUACGAGUUCGGCCCGCUAUGCUGCAGCAAUCCCAUCAACCGGGUCAGAGGAAGGGACAGACACGGAAGUGGAGCAUUCGGUUCCAGUCGAGGGAGCAAAAACCCACAAAGGGCUUGACAUUGAAUGUCCGGAUGGUUCGAAGGUCUACGCUCCGAUGGACAUGACCAUCACACGUCAGUCCCGGCCGUACGGCACCAACUCGGCCAUCGACAACGGCAUCGCCUUUACAGCCAACGAUCUGCCAGGAGUGUCCUUUAAGCUUUGGUACAUGCAUCCAGUGAAGACCUCGGGGACUGUGCGAAAGGGAGAGCAAAUCGGCACCAUGCUGCCCAUGCAGAGCGUUUACCCCGGCAUCACCUCCCAUGUUCACCUGGAGAAGGGGGACGAGACGGACCCGCAGAGCAUCAUCGGCACCCAGAAUGCGCAGGCCAACAGGCUCUUCUGCAGCCACAGAGAUUAGCCCCAGGAGUCUCUUUAUCAGAGAUUUCUGCAUGCUUAAAUCACGAUUUAAGUGUGACAACGAAGGCUAUCAUCAAUAAUAAAUAAAGAGCAUCAACUGCA